AUGCCCGAAAUACCUUUUUCCGCCAUCAGGGUCGGUGACUUCAUCCUUCUUGGAGGUCGGGCCUGCCAGGUUAUCCGAAUCGAUGACUCUUCUGACCAGCCAAAAUACAUCGGCGUGGACAUUUUCACUAAUCAGCUGCGCGAAGAAACCGCCUCCGGAUCGAUCAUGAUGGGCCCAGAUUUCAAGUACUAUCGCCCUUUAGACAUGUCGGAUGGCUUUAUAACGGGUAUGGACGAAAUGGGCACUGUGAAGCAAGAAAUACUCGUUCUAGACGUGUCGAAUUUGUGGAGUCGACUUGUACAGGCUUUCGAGUCUCGUCGUGGCCCUGUUUGGGCUUGGGUUCUUACUGAUAAAAAUAAGGACCUUGUUGUGAAUUUUGAUACCCAGCUUAGACUUAAAAGAUGA